GCCCGCAGCGCGCUGACAGCCGCCACAAACCUCCGCCGAGCAGGAGAAGCAGGACUCCUCCCCAGGUCUCCGUGUGGAGCAGCAGGUGCGCAGACUCACACUCGGCCUCCAUCAGUCUGGAUUCAACGGGCGCAGCUCAAAGUCCUGUCAGGAGGUAACAGAGGGAGGAGGAGGAGAAGUAGCUGACACAGAGGAGAGAGCCAUGCUGUCCCUGAGCUGUGCCGACCCGUGGGCCGAAGGCUCCGUGGGUCUGGAGGAGGAGGUGGUGACUGCGGCGGCUCAGGCUGAGGAGCGGGACGGAGUCAGCGGCACCGACAGCAGCAGCUGCUCCGUCAGCCUGGACGACAGCCUGACCAGCCUGCAGUGGCUGCAGGAGUUCUCCAUCCUCGGCACCAACGUGCCGCAUCACACGCACCACCAGCACCACCUGUUCGGCCACCAGCAGCUGGGCUCUGACGCGCCAGCCUCCCCCCUGGCCGGGGAUCCGGCCUCCAUCGGGAUGCCGCUGACCCCGGGGAAGCCCACGGCGGCGGCCUACAGCAGGAUGCAGCCACUGCCCGGCAUCGUGGCGCACGGACACUGUCCGGACGACGUGGACUACAAAACCAACGCGCACAUCAAGCCACCGUAUUCCUACGCCACCCUCAUCUGCAUGGCCAUGCAGGCCAGCAAGAAGAGCAAGAUCACGCUGUCCUGCAUCUACAAAUGGAUCACCGACAACUUCUGCUACUACCGCCAUGCUGACCCCACCUGGCAGAACUCGAUCCGACACAACCUCUCGCUCAACAAGUGCUUCAUCAAGGUGCCGCGGCAGAAGGACGAGCCCGGGAAGGGGGGUUUCUGGAAGAUUGACCCGCAGUAUGCUGAGCGCCUCCUGAGUGGUGCCUACAAGAAGAGACGAAUGCCGCCCGUCCAGAUCAACCCGGCCCUGCGGAACAGACUCGGGGUGAACAUGCAGCCUCAGCCCAGAGGGCAGAUCGGGCUUUGCGUCAACCCAGAGUCCCAAAGGCUUCUUCGAGAGUUCGAAGAGGCAACGGGGGCUGAUCAGAAUUGGGACCCCCAUCUGGCUGAGGGGACCAUGCUGGGGUCCUGGCCAGUGGUCAGGGGAAGGAGUGGGCUCAAGAGGAAGCAGGGCUCUAAAAAUGGUGCUGCCAAAGCCCCCCGUCGGUCCAGCUCCCCUCUGCUCUCCAUGGAUGAACAGAAGGAGAUUGGACCUCUGAAGGGAGACUUCGACUGGGACGCCCUUCUGGAUUCUGCCCUCAGCGGGGAGCUCACUUUGGAAGGUGGUGAGCCUCUGAGCCCCAUUAUGAAAGAGGAGGACCUAACAGUGCGGGGAACCCACAUUUCUCCUGUUGAAGCCCCUGCAGGCUCAGCAGAGGCAGAGAGGAGUAACAACAUGUCUGACUUUGAUGAGGAGACCUUCCUUGCCACAGCCUUCCUGGAGAACCCCUGGCCAGAAGAGGAGGCGGAUCAUGGCCGCAGUGAUUUCCUCUGUAGCUCCACUGUCAACUUAGACCAGCUGUUUGGGCUCGAGGACCCAUUAGGUGGGGACCCCAGCAGGAUGGACACCCUCCUUUAAGGAAUAAUUUCCAGGUCGUCUUACAAACUAAGAACGCUUCUCAACACAACCUGGGAAUAAAAUACUCUUUUUUUAUCCUCAUGCAAGCUUAACCGUCCUUUUCAAGAUGUUUAAAGUAUUUUUAGAGGAACAUUUUUACGCAGGUUCAAUGCUGGAAAUAAACACUCAAUGCC